AUGGUGCAUAAAUUUCAAGAACAAAUAGUUCUUCCAGUCAGCCGAAUACGAUGUGUUACAUCUCAAGUUAUAUCUUGCAUGCCGCCAAACUUCCUGUUACUAGACCUUGGCAUGGCAAUCAGCUUUGCAACGAUUGCAGUGCCUAGUCUACUUAACGCCAGCGAGGGCUUGUCGUUGGACGAAACUCAAGCAUCAUGGUUUGGAAGUCUUUCAUAUUUAACACAACCGGUUGGAGCAUUACUCUCGGGUCCUAUAGUAGACUACUGUGGACGAAAAAGAGCCAAUUUUCUCGUUAACAUACCACAUCUUGUUGCUUGGAUACUUAUGUACUUUGCUUGGAAUCCACCAUCACUUUUCAUAGCUAAUGCUCUUCUUGGACUUGGAACUGGUGUCAUGGAAGCACCAAUCAAUUCUUAUGUGGGAGAAAUCAGCGAACCCUCCGUGCGAGGCACCCUCUGCACUGUAACCCAACUAUUUAACUCAAUCGGAGUGUUCGCCAUGUAUUUUCUGGGCACAGUGGUGAACUGGCGGAACGCGGCACUGAUCAGUCUUAUAGUACCUAUCAGCUCCAUGGCGUUUGCGUUUUUGGUCCCAGAAACCCCAGUGUGGUUGCUCUUUAGAGGUCGAGAAAACGAAGCCCUGAAGUCUCUGUGUUACUUACGUGGAUGGACAACACCAGAAAACGUGAGAGAGGAGUUUAACAGCCUGGUCAAUUAUAGCAAGAAGCUGCAGAAAUGCGCAAUUUGCUAUAAAUUUGAUGACGAAGACACAGGGAAAGAUUGUAAACAUUUUAAGAUGAAUGCUUUUAAGAGAUCAAUCUACAAAUUUCGAUACAUAAUGUUAAGAAAAGAAACGACAAGACCUUUAAUGUUGGUCAUGAUGUACUUCUUGUUCUUCGUCAUGAGCGGUCUCACACCCAUACGACCGAACAUGGUCAACAUUUGCGGCGCGCUGGGAAUGUCACAGGAUGGCAAAGAUGUUGUACUUAUGGUAGGUGUCAUCACCUUUCUCACAAGCAUCAUAGUGGUUGUUAUGAUAAAGAUCGUUGGCAAACGCAAGCUUGCCAUAUCGGCAAUGCUCGGAACAGCCUUCUUUUGUGCAAGUCUUAGCAUCUAUGCUAAAAAUAAUUUGGAUGACUCAGUGUAUUCAUACGACACUGACACGUUCCCAGAGGAAAAAAGUCAUGUGCCAUUGGUACUGUUCUAUUUAAUGGCUAUGUGUACUGGAUUGGGAAUUCCUUGGGUGCUACUGGGAGAAGUGUUUCCAUUUCGGAGUCGUGCUUCAGCUCAAGGUGUAGCCGCUGCUAGCAACUAA